AUGGCCCCCGUUCUUGACCCCCCCGAGACCGUCGACUGGAUGGGCAAGCCGGUGCCCGUGUGGUCGAUGCAGACCAUCGAUUACGGGCUGCUGUUGUCGCAGGACCCCGGCGAGAUCGACAAGGUCGUCAACGCCUGUCUCGAGGAGGGGUACUUCUACCUCGACCUGCAGGGCAUCGACGGCCGUCGCAUGCUGUCGGACCAGCAGGAAACGCUCAAGCUGAUGAAGCGGUUCUUCGAUGCGCCCAUUGAGGCCAAGAACGAGUUUGGCCUGAUCUCGUCCCACUUGGGCUAUGAGCCCGUCGGCAGCCGCACUGGCGUCGCCGCCGGCACCAAGGACGGCUACGAGAUGCUCAAGGUGUCGCGUGACGAGAUUCAGCACGACAACCCACGCAUCCCGGCGCCGGUCAAGAACAGCGCCGACAUGCGCAUCCUCGAGAACGCCAUCGGCAGCUGCAACACGGUGACCAAGGUCAUCCUGUCGGCGCUGUCGACGGGCCUCGCGCUGACGGGCGCCGGGCGGUUCGAGAACAUGCACCGCAACGACCGCCUGUCGACGACAACGCUCUCCAUGAUGCACUACCUGCCGAGCGCGCUCGCCGGGCAGAACCGCAUCGGCCACCAGAAGCACACGGACAUCAGCACGCUGACGCUCCUCUUCAGCGAGCAGUGGGGCCUCCAGGUGCGGCCGCCGGGGACGUGCGGCGCGCGCGAGAUGGGCUUCGUGCGGCCCAAGGCGGGGUGCGCGUUUGUGCACGUGGGCGACUCGCUGCGGUUCGCCAGCGGCAUGAAGUUCCAGAGCUGCAUCCACCGCGUGGUGCCGUUCGACCCGACGGAGCACCGGUACUCGAUGGCGUACUUUCUGCGGGCCGAGGACGACACCAUGUUCGUUGACUCGGAGGGGCGGGCCAUCACGGCGGGCCAGUGGCACGACGAGAAGUUCAAGGCGUUCACGGACCCGGAGCUGUGGCAGGCCAUGGCGCCCAAGUCGAUGAUUCUCGGCGGCAUGAAGGAGGACGGCGCCGACGAGCCCGUACCCAUGCCUUCGGUGGCUGUGCCCGUGGCAUCGGCCGUGCCGGUCCAGGUCGAGGCGUGA